CAGGGCAGCGAGGCUGAGUGGCUGACCAGAGCGGAGCAGAGACCACGAACGAGACGCGGCCGGCCACGGCGCUGGUGUCCUCGUCCGCCGUCGCUGUGCCGCGCGGGGAUGGCGGGGCAGGCGCCGGCCGUGGUGGCGUUCGCUCUGGCGGCCGCCAUCCUCUCGACGCCGCCUCCGCAGUCGGAGAACUUCUCCAACAUCCCGCCCACGCUCUCCGGGGACGACAAGGCGCAGGUGAGGAUCAAGCACCCCAAGUCGGCCAAGGCGCUGCAGUGCACCUCCAAGUGCGUGGCCACCUGCAUCCGCGGCGGCGAGGGGCCCAUCAACGUCCGGAGGCCCCUCGUCGUCUUCAAGGAGGGGCAGUUCCGCAGCCGCCUCUACUGCCUGACAGAGUGCUCGGACAUCUGCAACCUCAUCAAGGACGGCGAGGACGGGCCAUGAGACGAGCGAAGCUCUUGCCCAGGAGGAACGACAAGCACAUUCAGGGCCAUUCCGGGACUGCAUUUCUCACAAGGAACCGCGCGAAUCACGACGGAAAUUCCGAAAGGAACCACGGCGGUCAUGCGGUGAAGAGAUCAUACUAGGGAGGGAGGGAGCAUAUCGCCAUGGAAUUUCUGUACUUUCUACCGCUUGCUUAUAGCUGUACAUGACACAGCGGGCAGAGCAAUACAUUUUUGGCAUUGUCAGGACCAUGAGCAACAGAGAUACAACAUGAAUGAAUGAAUGAAUGCCUUCAACUCA